AUGUUCACCGACCAAGAGCCGUCGGCUGCCCUUGUCGGAAUCCAGCUGAACGACCCUAUCAGUAAGAUGAAAAUCGUCAUGAAGCCUAGGGCUGAUGGAAAGGACAACAGUGAGCCGCACAGAAAGAUCUACCUGCCUCAGACACCUCAGCCCACGGUUAGAGCAUCAUCCAGCAAAGCGAAGGCCGUGACAGCGUCUGCUACCGCAAAGGUUCCAUUCCGGGCGCCUAUCACAAUGCUUCCGUCAGUCAAGGCAGGGUUUGCCUCUACAGCAGCCGCAAGUCAGCAGCCUGCGAGCAAACCACAAGCCGCCACAGCGAAACCUGCCGCAGCUCCUGCCGCUUCGGGGGGCAGUGCCAGUGGCGACCCCCCGCCUGGAGGGUCCACGAACGCAUUCAAAUCGUCCUGCUUUAUUUCGGGCACGGCAACUCAACUUGACAAUAACGUGCUUUUCAUUCAACCGAAAGGAAGUCCUCAAGAUCUGCCAAUUGAUCUAGUAUUUCGCUUUAAGCGGAAUCCGAAUGCGGACUUGACUCUGAAGAUCUACAAAGUUACGAUCCAAAUCCCCCCGGGCACAGACGGCACUGAUCUUUUGGAAUCGUAUUCCGGCACGAGCACUGGCGGUCCUGCUCGCGUCAGAAUGCUGAGCAAUCCGCGAUUCAACACGCUGGUCUCUGACAAAGGUAGCAAGUUGGAAGUUUCAUUGUGGCCGCGCAGCACUACCCAGCUCUGCCCUCUCGCUGACAAUCCGAACUUGGACUUCAUACUAAACCAGGUGAGAAUUAACAAAAAGCCGGGUACCGUGCGAUGCGAUGUGUAUGAGUGGUAUCGAACGCAGGGAACUGGAACAGAUGCAUCGAAGUGGCCGAUUGUAGCUCAAGGAAAUUCGUACUUUAAGCUGAUCAAAAAGACGGCGCCAUAG